AUGUCGUCUAACGGGCAACUUCAACAACCCUGCUUCCAAAAACUCAGUCAGAUAAAUGAGCAAACGUGGCUACAGAUGGGCUCUGUUGCCGAGCUGAUGCAAGAUUAUGAUCGUGCCAUGGCUGCUUAUGAGGCAGCUUUGCGGCAUAAUUCAUAUUCCAUUGCUGCAUUAUCAAGUAUUGCUGCUCUUUACCGUGGAAGAGAGCAAUUUCCCAGGGCAGUUGAAUAUUUCCAAAGAAUAAUAAAUAUUGAUCAGAAUAAUGGCGAAAUUUGGGGUGCUUUAGGUCACUGCUAUUUAAUGAUGGAUGAUCUGCAAAAGGCGUAUAGUGCAUAUCAACAGGCUCUAUACCACCUUCCUAAUCCAAAGGAACCUAAACUUUGGUAUGGAAUUGGAAUUUUGUACGAUCGCUACGGAUCUUUGGACCAUGCGGAAGAAGCAUUCUCUCAAGUAAUGGGAAUGGAACCAAAGUUUGAGAAAGCAAAUGAAAUAUAUUUCAGAUUAGGGAUCAUAUAUAAGCAACAGCAGAAAUAUGAUCAAAGUCUUGGUUGUUUUAAAUACAUUCUUCGAAAUCCACCGAGGCCUUUGACGGAAGUCGACAUCUGGUUCCAGAUCGGUCAUGUAUACGAGCAGCAAAAGAAUUUCGCAUCUGCAAAAGAAGCUUACGAACGAGUCCUAGCGGAUAAUCCUAAUCAUGCGAAAGUCCUCCAACAACUAGGCUGGCUCUAUCACCAACAGAGCGCUUCUUUCAAUAAUCAAGAUCUGGCCAUCAAUUAUUUAACCAAAUCAUUGGAAUCUGAUGGUAAUGACGCACAAUCGUGGUACCUCCUUGGGCGUUGCUAUAUGGCUCAACAAAAGUAUAACAAAGCUUACGAAGCUUAUCAGCAGGCUGUUUAUCGUGAUGGUCGCAAUCCAACAUUUUGGUGUUCUAUUGGCGUUCUAUAUUAUCAAAUAAAUCAGUUCCGAGAUGCUUUAGAUGCUUACAGCCGUGCCAUUCGUUUAAAUCCGUACAUAAGUGAGGUGUGGUAUGAUCUCGGAACACUUUACGAAUCAUGCAACAAUCAGAUUAGCGACGCCUUGGAUGCUUAUCAACGUGCCGCCGAGUUGGACCCCACAAAUCCACACAUCAAGCAACGCUUGCAGAUGUUAAGAAAUCAACAAGCGCAAGGGGGACAAACUUCUGCGCCAAUUCCACAGGAUGUUAAUCCUCAAGCUUAUCAGUCAAACACUGGUCCACCUCCAAUGCCUCCGUUUGCCCAACCAUCCCCGGGCCCGCAGGGUCCUCCUGGUAUGCCUAACAACUAUGGAAGGUCAGUCGACAACAGGCAAAACCAUCCGCCCAUUUCCCUAUCAUCCAUUCAUAAUAGCGGUGAAAGUCAUCGUGACUUACCCCCCAUGACCAGAAGAAGCCCUGGACCCUCAAAUCCAUAUGGUCACCCACCUCACCUUCGUGAUACCAAUCCACCAACACCACCUAACCAGCAGCACAUUCUUAACCCCGUAAUGUCUCCUCAUGACCCAAGACCGUUGACUCCUCAUCAACCACCACCUUUACGUCAUAAUCCAGAUAAGCGUACCUCUCCUUCUCCGCAGCUUCCACAGAUCCAGGAAGACAGGCGUGCCCCCAAACAUUCACCUCAACUAUCCGACACCUACCAACCAAGACCAAACUUUCCUUCACCAAGGAUGCCAAUGACAGAGCAUGGCAACUCUCAACAUUCAAGCUAUCCACCCACCGUCGACCAUGGUCGCGAAUCCGAUAUGUACGACCACGGAAAAGGAAAGCCCGAAGAUCGAAAUGGAAAUGGUGUCUCCUCUUAUCACAAUUCUGAUCCUCUCCCUUCGGCACACGAGUCUCUUUCACAUCACAGUGGUCGCGAAUAUCGAGAUUCAUUAGAUCAAAUGAUGAAAAGGGAAGAACCUCUACGACCGAUUGAUCACUCGAGACCCUCGAUCACCCAUCCACGUCCAAUAGUCGAUCACAACGAUCCUAGGAUGCAAGAGGGGUCGCUUGAUGAAAAGGGAAUGCCACCGUUUUCCGCUUUUCACUCGGAAGAUCAUCCAAGACGUCUUCCUGAAAUCAAAAGUUCCGAACCGUCAUCUCAAAGACCUCAUAUUCAAGAAUCACCUGCUCGAGAAAACAAUUCAUAUGGUAAUGAUCAGCAUAGUCCUGUUACGAACAUUCCGGGCAGUGAAACCCCGAGAAAGUCUUCCACGGAUCAACAUUCGAGUCGACCUGAUGGGCCACGAGACCUUAUCAAGACAUCAUAUCCGGACGAGUCAAGUCCCAGUGAACCAAGAUCGCCAAGUAUAUCACGAAUUACUGAUAACAAUAAUUCUAAUUCACCCACCAGUCCCCUCGACAAUGAAAAUUAUGAUGGAACGACACCCUCAGAUGCGGUGGGCAUUGGUGAUAAUGGGUCAUCGACCUCCUCGGCAGCACAAAAGCGGUCUUAUUCACCCAAAGGCGAUGAUCUUGACGAUCGUCGAGAUGAAGGUACUGCGAAGAGGAUCAAAACGUCUCCAAGAGACGAGGCGCAAUCACCUAUAUCACCUCAUUCGGAGCGUGAAAGAGAUCAACAGGAGAGGGAUCGGGAACAACGCCAAAGAGAGAGACGAAAAUCUGAUCAAAGUGCUAACGGUAGUGCUACUCAUUCACCUCCACAAUCAUCACCCUAA